CUUCACCAAAUUGUCGAGGUUCGCACCCAAAUUUGUCGAGACGGAUGAAGAAUGAAGACAGAGGUUUGAGCAAGGCCUCAAUUUGGAAAUUCAAACUGCACUGGCCGCCACCACGUAUGAUUCCUUUGAGAAUAUGUUCGAUGCUGCUCAGAGAGUGGAACAUCGUCAAGCCAAGCUUCGAAACUUUCUGAACCAGAAGCGAUCGAACACAAAUGCGUGGUUGAAGCCUAAGGGAAACAUCCCUCCAAGACGUUUCGAGGUUCCUACAGAAAAGCGAAUGAGUCCUUCUGAAUCAGCUGGCCAAGCUCAACCCGUGACAGAUGCGACACCAAUCUGCGCAUUCUGCCGCAAACCUGGACAUCUCGAGAAAAAUUGUUGGUUCAAACAACGGAGAUGCUUAGGGUGCGGAAGCACUGAGCAUUACGCUCGUGAAUGCCCGAAGAAUCGCGAUAGGCUUGGACAGAGUUCCCAAUCUGGAAGUACUACGCCACCGAAGAAUCUUAACAGAGAUGCUUCAAAACCUCGCGUUUCUGCACGAGUCUUUGCUUUGGGAAAGAGAAACGAACCAGAAUCCACUGAUGUUGUUGAAGGUCGUGGCUCGACUCGUUCUUUUGGCUAA